UUAGUGAUGAAGGGACACACAGGCGGCAGUCACCAGUCCGGCGCAGAUGCAAAACUAUUUAAACGUUUUGCUGCUCUUAAAGUUAAGUCAGAUGUCUUAAUCAUCUCGGCGACCUUUCGCAAUGUCAUUACAGGUACUCAAGGACCUUGUUUAGUCUUCUGUUAACCCCAUUGUACAAGAAGACGGAAAAUGACAGAGUUUUGGUUAAUUUCUGCACCCAAUGACAGAUCAAAUGAGCAGACAUGGGAAAGAAUGCAGGCUGUCACUACAAAAGCAAAUCUGUCAAACAAUUUUAAGUUUGCAAUUCCUGAUAUAAAGGUUGGAAACUUAGAUCUGAUGAUCACCCUCACUGAUGAACUAGGGAAACUGGAUAUCUAUACCGAAAGUGUUUUGAAGAAGAUAGCCCAAUACACAGCUGAAACAAUGGAAGAUUCCAAAGACAGAAUCCAAGAGAACUUAUUAGCCAAUGGAGUUGACCUGGUGACAUAUGUGACUCGAUUCCAGUGGGACAUGGCAAAAUACCCCAUCAAACAAUCUCUGGUGAACCUGAUUGAAGUUAUAUCAAAACAAAUUUCUCAAAUUGAAGCAGAUUUUAAAUCUCGUUCUCUGUCAUAUAACAAUUUAAAAGGAAAUCUGCAAAGCAUGGAGAGAAAAGCAGUGGGAAACCUUUUAACCUGCACAUUAACAGAUAUUGUUAAGAAGGAUGACUUUGUACUAGAUUCAGAAUACCUGACAACACUAUUAGUGGUCGUUCCUAAAACAAACUAUGGCACAUGGCUAAAGACAUAUGAAUCUCUGACAGAUUUAGUAGUGCCACAGUCAACAAAAAAAAUAAUGGAAGAUUCUGAAGGUGGUCUUUUCACUGUGACUUUGUUUAAGAAGGCAGUUGAGGACUUCAGAAUUAAAGCAAGGGAAAACAAAUUUAUGGUACGUGAAUUCAACUACAAUGAAAAAGAACUCAAUGCAGAAAAAGCAGAAAUAGCACGGCUUGCUGCAGACAAGAAACAACAAUAUGGUCCCCUGCUUCGAUGGCUGAAAGUCAACUUCAGUGAAGCAUUUAUUGGAUGGAUCCACAUUAAAGCACUCAGAGUUUUUGUGGAAUCAGUUUUAAGGUAUGGUCUUCCAGUAAACUUUCAAGCAGUGCUGUUGCAACCCAGCAAGAAGCAAUUUAAGCGUCUAAGGGAGGUUUUGAAUGCAGUCUUUAAACAUUUAGAUGGAAUAGCAGCAACAAGUGUUGUGGAUUAUGGCAUGGACAUCCCAGGACUGAACAUUGGUAACCAGGAAUACUACUCUUAUGUCUAUUUCAAGAUAGAUUUGAAUAUGAUCGACCAUUAAAAUAAAUACUGUACCUGCUGUAAUUUGGUGUUACACAUAAAUACAGUUGAGGAACCUCUGACACAUUUAAGUAAUCUGGUGAUAAACUGCUUUAAAUAGUAUCCUAUGUCAUGGGUAUCGCAUUUGUAAACAUAAAACACCUGUAUUUUAAUAUCAGUAAAUUAUUAGGAAUUAGUACUAUUUAAAACCUAAGCAAGGCAUGCAGUUGUGCAUUGGUGAUGUAUUUCUCCAUGCAACACUUAAAAAUAAUUUAUGAUUCUUUUCACUAAAGGCAAAGAAUUUCUUUUGUAUAUGCUUUCAGUUAUUUAAUCCAAAAAGAUGUUUCAAUUUAAAUAAAUAUCAAAAAACCUUCAGUAUAAAGAGUAAGUACUGUGUAUUUUAUCGUAAAAUGACGCACAAGUUUCAUUUAUUGUAUUAGACGCUCCUGUGUUUACUAGUCCCCCUAGUAUUUCGUAUACGAGGAUGGACACGGCGGCUAGGGUGACAAGUCGAUUCCCCCACCCCAAACAACUGAAAAGAAUAAGGCGGAUAAAAUCUACAAAAUCAUUAACACACCAAUUCUUCUUAAUAACGAAUUGCUUUAAUACACAAACCAAUACACUGCAGGUUCGACGACCCUAAUGAUCGUCCCUAGGACUCCGUACAUUCGUCCUCGGCAAAUGUUAGCUCACUCCCCUCCUGUAGUCGGCUGUGCCUUGAAUUACACACCGCCUCACCUCGCCAUGCUCUGCCAACAAAGGGUAUUCCCAGCGGUCGUCUCAGCAACCCACACCAGCUCUGGGCAGUCAAACCCGCCUCGCGUCCUGCUCGU